GAGAACUUGAGAAGCUAAGCCCCUCCUUCGAGAGAUGACUUCCUUGGCGAUGAAAGCUAGCCACGAUCAGGAGUCCUCCUGUCUUUUCCUGGUGAUGAAGGAGGGGCAGGACGCAUGUGUAAGUAGGCUGCCACGUCCCUACAUGUCAUGACUCAUGACGGUGUACACCUGCACGGUACCACACGUGGUAAAAGAGGCUCUGUUUUGUUUCUUCUAGACCGCUGCCUCGCUGCUACAAGUGCGAUUGGUUCCAUUGGCCAAAAGGACAACGUAAAAAUGGCGGCGAAUGGCGUCACGACACCGCUGCUACACCAUUGCGAUGAUCAAGCUAGUACCGAGAAGCCACCUGGAAGUGCCACUGGCAGGAGGUUCCGGCUCCGGCACUGCCGGACGGCGCCAUCCCCCGACCCCGCGGCGCCGGGAGAGCCCCCACCACCGCGGCCCAGCAACGACAUCCGGAGCGCGCCGCCCAAGAGGCUGUUCGAGAGCGCGUCCCGGCCGAGCUUCCGCCUGGUGGGCGUCCUCCUCCUGUCCUACCUCCUCGCCGGCUCCACCGCCUUCUACCUCGCCAUGGACCAGAUGUCCGGCCACCGCAGCGCGAGCCGCGCGCUGGACGCGCUCUACUUCUGCGUGGUCACCAUGACCACCGUCGGCUACGGGGACCUCGUCCCGGUCACCGACGCCGCCAAGCUCCUCGCAGCCGCUUUCGCCUUCGCGGGCGUCGCCGUGGUCGGCACCUUCCUCAGCAAGGCCGCCGACUACCUGGUCGAGAAGCAGGAGUCCCUCCUCUUCCGCGCCGUCCACGCCCACGAGAACAAGCGCCACCCGCGGCUGCUCCGGGCCACGGAGGAGGCCAACAGGACGCGGUACAAGCUCUACGUCUCCGGCGCGCUCCUGGCGCUGCUCGUGGCGGCCGGGACGCUGUUCCUGUGGAAAGCCGAGGGGAUGCGGGCUCUGGACGCGUUCUACUGCGCGUGCGCCACGGUGACCACGCUGGGCUACGGCGACCGGAGCUUCGCGUCGGCUCCCGGGCGCGCGUUCGCGGCGGCGUGGGUGACGGCGAGCACGGUUGUCGUGGCGCUCUUCUUCCUGUACGCGGCGGAGCUGUGCGCGGAGGGGCGGCAGCGGGAGCUGGCGCGGUGGGUGGCGACGAGGAGGAUGACGACCACGGACCUGGAGGCGGCGGACCUGGACGGCGACCGGCGCGUCGGCAAGGCGGACUUCGUGCUGUACAAGCUCAAGGAGCUCGGGAAGAUUGGUCAGGAAGAGAUCGAGGAGUUCCUGGAGGAGUUCGACAGGCUCGACGCCGACCACUCCGGCACGCUGUCGCCUUAUGACCUCGCCGUCGCACAACCACCGGUCUGAUUAGCUUUUAGUGUCACCAGGGUACUGUAGUGAUUGUUCGGGUGAAAUUAUGUUUGUACGUAUAAAUGUUGGGUCUUGAAUUAUUUGUGUGCCUCUGUAGUUUAGCUAUUUCUCACGGCACCAAGAAAUAAGUCACCGAACCAUUAAAUUUGAA